GCUUAAUCAACAUAACCUUAUUAAAAUGUCGAUAUCGUAAACGCGUUUAAUAUAACAAAGUUUUAAAUUUUUUUUUAAAAUUAAAAAGAAAUUUAAAGAAUUAUAUUGAAAAAUAAAUAAUGGAAUCGGAAAGUGGAAAAAAUGAGAAAAAAUGUUGCAGAAAACAAAAAAGAGCUCAACAUCGUCUGGCAAGAGAUUUAAAUAUUAUUUGUUCAGAAUCUCCAACAAAGUAUAUAGUAAUUUGCAAUGCAGGAUUAGUAACUGGAUUGUCUGAGGAUACUUUAAAGCAAAUUUUAAAUCCACUUGUAACGAAAUAUUUUAUAAAAAUGCCACUUGGGAAAUCUUAUUGUUUCGUUGAAUUUUUAAAUGAAACGGAUGCAAAAACAGUUUACGAUCAUGUACACGGAAGUGUUAAACUUUUGCAAGAAAAACAUCCUCUUUAUAUGACAUUCACAACAUCAGUUCCACAAAUGGAAGAGACUUGUUCUAAAUUUUUAAUUCCUGGACUAAGAGUAAUAGAAAAUUUUCUCACUGAGGAACAAGAGGAAGUUUUAUUAAAAAGUAUUGUUUGGGAAGAAGAUGAUGAUGUUUCAUCGGAACUAAAACAUAGAAGAGUAAAACAUUUUGGUUACAAAUUUUGCUACGAUACAAAUACUGUUAAUAUUGAUGAUCCAAUAACACCGAUUCCUCAAGAUUAUCAUUUUUUGCAAAAAUUAUUCAAUGAAGCUGAAUGCGGGGGACAUGAGUUUGAUCAAAUAACUAUAAAUCGUUAUCUACCAGGACAAGGCAUUCCACCGCACAUUGACACUCAUAGUGUUUUUGAAAAUACAAUUUUAUCAUUAUCAUUGGGAUCAUCUAGUGUAAUGGAUUUUAAAAGAGGUAAAGAGAAAAUAUCAAUUUUACUGCCAGCUCGCUCUUUAUUGAUAAUGAGCGAUGAAUCGCGAUAUGCAUGGUCGCAUGGAAUUUGUCCCCGGCACAAUGACACUACACAAAAUGAAAAUGGAACCACAGUUCAAAAACGUGGAAUUAGAACUUCAUUUACUUUUCGAAAAGUUCGAAGAGGUGAUUGUCAAUGUAAUUAUCACGAAUAUUGUAACACAAAUAAUACUCAAGAAACAAUUAGUGAAUUAAAUGCAAAAGGAAUUGAAAAUUUAUACGUUCAUGAGGUUUAUGAAAAAAUUUCUGAUCAUUUCGAUCAGACUAGACAUAAACCAUGGCCAAAUGUUUCUGCAUUUUUGGACACAAUAAAAGUUGGAGGACUACUUUUGGACGUUGGUUGUGGAAAUGGAAAAUAUUUACUUGGACGACCCGAAAUUUACAAAAUGGGAUGCGACAGAAGUUUGGGACUUGCGGAAAUUUGUCGUAAAAGAGAAUUUGAAGUGCAAAUUUCAAAUUGUCUCUCGCUUCCCUAUCGUGACAAUUGUUUCGACGCGGCAAUUAGUAUUGCUGUAAUUCAUCAUCUUUCAACCGAGGAACGUAGAAAACGUGCAAUUUUUGAAAUUAUUCGUAUUUUAAAAUACGGUGGAAAAUGUUUAAUUUAUGUUUGGGCCAAGGAACAAAUAAAAGAUUCAAUGCAAUCGACAUAUUUAAAAUCAAAUUCAAAAUUAGAGACAUUAAAUUUUCAACGUGAGAAAAAAGAAUUAUUUGGAAUUACACUUCCAAUACAUGAGAAUCGUACUGAAUUUAUACAUUGUGAUAAUUUAGUUCCAUGGAAGAGAAAAGAUGGUGAUAAAUUUUUACGAUUUUAUCAUGUUUUUCAAAGUGGUGAACUUGAAAAACUUUGUUCAACAUUUUCUGUUGAUAUUGAAAAAUCCUAUUACGAUCAGGGAAAUUGGUGUAUCAUUCUCAAGAAGAAAUGAACGAAAUAAGAAAAUAAAAACUUUAUUUUAUAAAAAUUUAAAGGAUAUUUAAAAUAAUUUAAAUAAUUUUUAAAGAAUAUUUUUAAUUAAUUUAAAGAAUUACAAAAUUUAAAAAUUGUAAAUUUUGAUUUUAGUCGUGUAAAUAAAUUUCGUAUUUUUACGUACAGGAA